UUGAGCGCUAACGUUUCCCGUUUCUGGACAACGUCUUCCUCGGACCCCUCCCUCCCUCCAGGGACCCAGGAAGAGUCCAAGGGAGCAGCGCCGUUUUCUCUCUUCUUCGCGGACCCAAACAGGGCGGAGAAUUUUAGCAGAGUUGGAUUAUUUUCUGGAUCCAGACGGGAGCCGAACUGGGACAGCAGCGCCUAAGCGACUUGCCCUUAGCGGACGGCAGGCGUCUUCGGUUGGUGGCGCACGGGAGCGCCUGGUUGGAGGGCGAUGCAGCUUUACCGGGCGCCCCUCUUGCUCUUGGGGACGGCGCUGGGGUCCUUGCUGCCAGGCGGCCUUUGCGGCUCCCCCUCACACUCCCUGAGCUACUUCUACCUGCAACUGCCAGAGCCCAGCCAGGGGCUGCCUCCAUUCUUCGUUAAGUUCUACUUGGAUGACCAGCCCAUCGCUCGCUUUGACAGCCUCACCAGGAAGAUGGAGCCUUUGGUGCCCUGGAUGGAGGAGGCUGAGAAUGAGUCAUUUCUGCCCUUUGAGUCGGUCUUCAGAGCCAACCUGGAGAAGUUAUCAAAACUGGACCGCAGUGCUGGAGGACUUCACAUCUGGCAGGUGAAUUUGGGCUGUGAGCUCUUGGAAGGCGGGAGCAAAGCAGGGUUUUUGCACUAUGGCUACGAUGGGAAGGACUUCAUCAGCUUCAAGAAGGAGAUUCCGAAAUGGGUGAUAGCUCAGCACCAGGCCCAGAAGGUCAAGGAGGAGUGGGAGGAGGAUCCAGGAUGGUCCAAGACCAAUAAAAUCUUCCUGGAUAAGACCUGCAUUGAGGCGCUGCAGAGAUACCUGUCCUACAAGAACAAGACUCUGCAGAGGAUUGAGCCUCCAGCGGGGAAGGUGACUAGCAAGGUGGUGAACGAGAGACUGGAGGUCCUCAUCUGCCAGGCCUUUGGCUUCUACCCCAGGGAGAUCCAGGCCACCUGGACGAGGGAUGGAGAGGUCUGCCAGUAUGAGACCCUCCAUAGGAAUGUGGUCCCCAACUCAGAUGGGACCUAUUAUGUCCAGCUCAGCAUUGAGAUUGACCCCAAGGAGAGGAACCGUUUUCGGUGUCGCCUGGAGCACAAGGGAUUGCAGGAGCCCCUGGUACUGUCUUUCAAGGAGGAAAGAGAGUGGCGGAUUCCUGUGGGAACUGUAGCAUGUGUAAUUUCUGGAGCUGUGAUUUUCUUCCUGAUGGAUAAUAAGAUUCAAUCUGAACCGCUGCUCCAAUCUGAAGUAACCUCGGAGGACAGGGUAUCCUAUGGAGAGUGGAGCCCCCAGAGGUUUCUUGAAGAAUCUGGGUCAACUUUGCGCAGGCGAGAAGGGAAGCAGCAGCCGCUCGGAAGGUCAAUGUCCUGGGCUGGUGAAUUGGAGACCCUGGACAAAGCAGAAGCAACAGAGUCAAAAGAGGGUUCCAAAGCAGAGAAAGUGACUGUGGGAUAUUUUAUGGCAGACGGAUAUUAUAGAGGAAGCAACUCAACUCCUGGACGAAUCCUCCGAGAAGAAGGCAACUAA